ACUGUCGCUAGAGGUACCAAGGUGCCUUGGGAUGGGAGCCAAGGUAUAGUGGUCGAAGUACGAAAGAAACCAGGCGUGGCAGUGUCGUAGUGGACGAGUGGCUCUUAACUCAGCCUUUGGCCUUGUUUGUCACAGGAUAAUAUUGCGGCCCGGUUUCCGGUUCUGCCGACUUGGACCGGCACCAUGCAUUUACUUCCCCGGGAAGAGGCAAAACUCCUCUUGCACCAGGCUGGGUUUCUGGCCCAAAAGCGUCUCGCUAGGGGGUUGCAGCUCAACCAGAGCGAGGCGAUAGCACUGAUUGCCUCUCAGCUGCAAGAACGAAUCCGGGAUGGCAAGCAUUCUGUCGCCGAGCUUAUGCAGCAUGGAAAGAAUAUGCUUGGUCGACGUCAUGUCCUUCCGAAUGUUCCUGGUCUGUUGCAUGAGAUCCAGGUUGAAGGGACCUUUACAGAUGGCGUUUUUCUUGUAACGGUUCACGAUCCUAUUUGCACAGAAAGUGGAAACCUGGAGAACGCGCUCUAUGGUUCCUUCCUCCCUAUCCCAGCUGAUAACGCGUUCCCAGUCGCAGACGUCUCAGAAUAUUCUCAUGAGAAGGCUCCGGGUGCCAUAAUUGCCAAGAAGGAACCUAUAAUCAUUAACAAGGGUAGAGCAAGAAUACAGCUUCGUGUUACGAAUAAUGGCGACCGUCCUAUCCAGAUUGGCUCGCACUACCAUUUUAUCGAGACCAACCCUGCUCUUUCAUUCGACCGAGGCAAAGCGUACGGCAUGCGACUCGACAUACCUGCAGGUACCGCUGUGCGUUUUGAGCCGGGUGACGUCAAGACUGUGACCCUAUGUGCUAUCGCUGGAGGACAAAUUAUUUCGGGCGGAAACCGCCUCGCUUCUGGGGUUGUCGACCUUGGCAGAUCAGAUGAGAUCAUCAGCGCUUUGGUGCAAAAAGGGUUCGCUCACGUCCCCGAGCCAGGCGCGUUGGAAGUGACAGCGGACACAGAUAUCAGUCGCGCAGCUUAUAUCUCCAUGUUCGGACCGACAACUGGUGAUAGGGUUAGACUCGGUGACACAGCUCUGUGGAUCGAGGUUGAGCAUGACAAGACCGUGUAUGGCGACGAAGUCAAGUUCGGUGGAGGCAAGAGUAUCAGGGAAGGGAUGGGACAGGCUACUAAUCGAUCCAGCAAAGAAACUCUUGACCUCGUCAUCACCAAUGCGCUUAUUGUUGACUGGUCGGGAAUCUACAAGGCAGACAUUGGUGUCAAGGAUGGUCGCAUUUGUGGUAUUGGCAAGGCCGGCAAUCCGGACGUUAUGGCGAAUGUUCAUCCCACUCUCACCAUCGGUUCUUCCACCGAAGUUAUCGCUGGGGAAAAACUCAUAAUUACGGCUGGAGCUGUCGAUGCGCACGUGCAUUAUAUCUGUCCACAGCAGGUCGAGGAAGCACUGGCUGCAGGAACUACGACUAUGAUCGGCGGUGGUACAGGGCCAAGUGCGGGCACGAAUGCAACAACGUGCACGUCGAGUCCCUUCUAUAUUCGACACAUGUUGCAGGCUACAGACGGUUUGGCCAUGAACUUUGCGUUUACAGGCAAGGGAAACGAUGCUGGGCCUACGGCUUUGGAAGAAAUCGUGCAAGCCGGAGCGGCAGGCCUGAAACUGCACGAGGAUUGGGGGUCUACGCCUGCCACUAUCACGAACUGCCUGGACGUUGGUGAUAAGUAUGAUGUUCAGGUUAACAUCCACACUGACACGUUAAAUGAAAGUGGAUUUGUAGAAAGCACCAUUGAGGCCUUUGGCAACCGAACCAUUCACACGUAUCACAGUGAAGGGGCAGGUGGCGGUCAUGCGCCGGAUAUCAUAGUUGUUUGUGGUCAAGAAAACGUCUUGCCUUCUUCUACAAACCCGACGCGUCCAUACACUAACAACACUUUGGACGAGCACCUUGAUAUGCUCAUGGUCUGCCAUCACUUGGACAAAUCCAUUCCUGAAGAUCUUGCUUUCGCAGAGUCGCGUAUCCGCGCAGAAACUGUAGCCGCUGAGGACGUCCUCCAUGAUAUCGGGGCAAUCGCUAUGAUUAGCUCUGACUCGCAGGCUAUGGGACGUGUGGGCGAGGUUGUUAGCAGGACUUGGAGGACUGCAAGCAAGAUGCGGGAGUUCCGAGGACCCUUGACGUCGUCGGGCGACUAUGAGGGUGUUGAUAACGCUCGUGUGAAGAGAUAUAUCGCAAAGUACACCAUCAACCCAGCGAUAACUCAUGGAAUUAGUCAUGCUGUGGGCCAUGUUGCUGUUGGAACCCUCGCAGAUUUAGUGCUCUGGAAACCCGAAAACUUUGGUGCUAAACCUGAAAUGGUCCUCAAAUCCGGCGUAAUCGCCUGGUCUCAGAUGGGCGAUGCGAACGCAUCCAUACCCUCCGUACAGCCAUUCUACUCCAAACCUAUGUGGGGUGCUAAACCUGGCUCUGCGGCUUUGAACUCUGUCGCAUUCGUAUCGAAAGUCUCCAUCUUAUCAGGCAUGAUAGGUUCAUAUCAUCUCAAAAAAAAUGCGGUCGGUGUCAUUGGGUGCAGGAAUAUCACCAAGAAGGAUAUGAAAUGGAACGAUCUCAUCCCCAAGAUGUCGGUGGAUCCAGAGACGUAUGAGGUGCGCGCGAAUGGAGAGCUAGCAGAUGUCGCACCCGCUGAGAAACUGCCCCUUGCGAGGACAUACAAUUUCUUCUAAAUGAUUGUUGAAUGAAGCGAAACAGAAUCUGGCUUGUACUUUUACUGAUGGAUGUAUUUGUUGUUACUUGGAAAUAUACUGAUACGAUGGAUUGCGUAGAUGACAAUGGAC